AUGCCAUUCUACCGUUCUUACGGUUAUCGUACACCAUCUUCUUCGAUUUGGCAGCAACCCAGUACGACUUUGUCGCUGAAGAGCGCUUGUGCGAAAUACAACGUCACCGAGGCACAGUGCCAAAAGGCCAACAUUCGUUGUCAAUGGCGCAGUAUGUACGGCAACUCGUACGCCGUCGUCGUUGAAGACGAUGUGCGCGAUCUCAAGGCCAUGCUCGUGGCCAAGGCGACAAACGAGAAACAGGAAAAGCUCAAAGGCAAACUUGGUGAAAAGGGAUACGAAAUACGAACAGUACUUGAAGAAGCAAGCCGACCAAAAGAUCCGUUCCUAGCAAAAGACUGA